CAGUCGGCAAAAAGAGCACGAGACGUCCAAAUGGAGCCCAGGAAGAAGUUGAUAAACUCGGUGGACAGCUGUGUGGACGAGGCUCUCUGCGGCCUCGUGAGGGCCAGUGGGGGCCUUUCUCUGCUGAAGGGCCACAGAGUUGUGCUUCGGUCCGACCUGGAAAACCUGCGGGGAAAAGUGGCCUUGCUGUCCGGCGGCGGGUCGGGACACGAGCCGGCACACGGGGGCUAUGUCGGUGCAGGGAUGCUGUCGGCUGCCGUUGCAGGUGGAGUGUUCGCUUCCCCGCCUCCUGCCAGCAUCCUGGCUGCCAUCCUCAGCUUGCACGCCGCAGGAGCCUCCGGGGUGCUUCUCAUCGUGAAGAACUACACCGGCGACCGCCUCAACUUCGGAUUGGCCGCGGAGCAGGCCCGUAACCACGGCGUCGCCGUUGACAUGGUGAUAGUCGCCGAGGACUGCGCCUUCGACCAACCCAGCAAGGCCGGGAGGCGGGGCUUGUGUGGCACCAUCUUCGUGCACAAGCUGGCGGGCGCCUUGGCAGAAGAAGGCUCCUCAUUGGACCAGAUUGUUUGCAAGGUCACGGAGGUUUUGAAGGGCAUAGGUUCACUCGGCGUGAGUCUGUCGCCGUGCAGCGCUCCGGGCUGCCGGCCGUCUUUCGACCUGCCGCCAGGAGACAUGGAGCUGGGCCUGGGAAUCCACGGCGAACCUGGAAUCAAGAGGUCAAAGGUGGCGUCCGCCGACGAGGUGGUGAAGACCGUGAUCGACCACAUGACCGACCCUGACAGCCAAUCACAGCUGCUUCUUAAACCGGGAGACGCCGUGGUCGUGUGCGUGAACAACCUCGGAGCGCUGUCCUGCCUGGAGGUCGCCGUGGUGACGAAAGCGGCCAUCGCCUGUCUGGAGGGUCGCGGUGUGGUGGUUGCCAGGGUGAUGUCGGGGUCGUUCAUGACGGCGCUGGAGAUGGCGGGAGUGUCGCUGACCCUGAUGACGGCAAAUCAGGAAACACUGAGGCUGUUUGAUGCUAAGACCAGCGCCCCCGCCUGGCCAAACCUCAGCAGUGUGUGUGUAAGCGGACGCAACUACGUCACAGAACCUCAAGCCGCGAGCGCGCGGCCACAGGACGACGCCCACUCUGAAGGGCCCCUGAGUCCUGUGAUGCGUGGAGCGCUGGAGAUGGUUUGUUCCACGCUGUUGGAGAAGCGGGAAGAACUCAACGCCCUGGACCGCGCCGCCGGGGACGGAGACUGUGGGAACACUCACGCGGCGGCUGCUAAAGCGAUUCAGGAGUGGCUCCGGGAUCACGUUGUCCCCGGCGACCCCGGACAGCUGCUAUCGGUCCUCGCUGGAUUGGUGCAGGAGAAGAUGGGCGGGUCUUCAGGAGCGUUGUACAGUCUGUUUCUGACGGCAGCGGCUGGUCAUGUGACUGAGGCGCAGAGCAACGCUGCAGCCUGGGCUAGUGCAAUGCAUGCUGGGACACAGGCCAUGAGGAGGUACGGCGGCGCUGAGCCUGGAGACAGAACGAUGUUGGAUGCCUUGUGUCCGGCUGUUGAUGAGCUCCUGAAGGUGACAACAGCACCGCCUGGUGGACAGAUGGCUGUACUGCAGGCGGCCGUGCGGAAAGCGGCCUCGGGGGCGGAGGCGACCCGUGACCUCGCGGCGAGGGCGGGGCGGGCCAGCUACAUCGCGGCCGAGCGGGUCACCCUGCCCGACCCCGGCGCCGUGGCUGUCGCCGCCAUCCUGAGAGCCGUGCUGGAGUCGCUGGAGAAGCAGACGUAAUCUAGCAGAGCGCAUUAUGGUUAAUAUUGGAACAGGACAACACGGUUAUCCCUCACAGGCACAUCUUCAUACCAUAUAUACAGUAAAUGAAUAGAAACGAGGUCCUUUCGGUACCGGGCCGCUCAGAAAGAAUGAAUUAAGAAAUAUGUGAUUGAUUCAUCCGAAAUGUUUUAUUUUGAAAAAUGACCAGACUAAAGAAUUAAAGCAGUAAACCGGUUAUUAAACCAAAAGUCUCUCAA